AUGACUCGUGACUUGCUGAAAGGAACUUCAAAUCCAGUGGUUGGAGUCGGAUUGACAAUCCCUGAUGAAGCAGAGGUAACCUCGGACGAUGAGGUUUCUUUUCCGCCAGCCAUUCCAACCUUUUCCUAUGGCUUCUCCUCUUCUCUGAAGGCUGCAGGGAUGAUGAAGGUUUCGAAGAACUUUAACUCUUCACUGGAUGACCUUGAAUCUGAAAUGGAUGCGGAAAUGCAAGACAUCGAUCUACUCCAUGAUAGCAAUCCUUUCAAAUUCUCAUCAGACAUUAUGGACUCAUUAAGCAGUCCAAAGCAGAGAUCAUUUACUGUUCGAGAAGCCAGGGAUGAUGGUUACAAUAGUAAAAAGAAUAGUCACUUCAGUCAUCACAACGACAAUGAAUGGGAUGAUAGGACUACUUUCCAAUAUCCGAGCUUCUUUGACGAAAGAGAACCUGAUAUAUCAUGGAAAACCUGGCAAAGUCGAAAUGACGACAAUGCUGCUGACAAUUUGAUAUAUAGAGACUAUGUUAUGUCAGAUUUUGCUUUUGAUGGCCCCCGCAAACCUACUAGGACCACCUGGAAAGUCAUAGACAAGUUCGAUGUCCUAGGGUCAACAUUCUCAUUUUCCAAGAAUGAAACAUCUGAAUAUGACUCUGACUUCCUAAUUUCCAACCAGGCAAGAUACCCAACUGUUGAAAGGAAAUAUGAUUUUAAGCCUGAAACAAGUAAACCAGACUGUUUUUCCUUUAUGACAGAGGAUGCAAGGGAUAAUUCCAGCUUACAGAGUGAAGAAUCAUGCUCAUCCAGUGCAGUGAGGUAUCAGGGAACUGAUACUUCACCAUCAAACUUAAUAUCAAGACAGGGCAGGAUAAGAGGACAGGGGGGUGGUUUUAGUAGCUCAAGUGAUAAGUAUGGUGUGAAGAAUGCCUUUGCCAAGGAAAGCAAGGACGAUGUACAACAAAAAGAUAUCGCCUCUGGCAUAGCAAAACAACCAAAUGUGUUAAAAUCUUCGGAGUCAAAACCAUGGCAUCACGCAAGCUCUUUUUCCAGGGAAAAAUUGGAAACAAGAAGCAUUUGGUACUUUGAGGAAGGACAUACUGCAGUGGAUAUCAGUCCAGGCUCUAGAUGUUUCAAUCAAAAUCCAGGAGCAAAAAAUACAUUCUUUGACUCUGAGUUCUGGGGAGAAGAUCCUUUUAGUAAGUUUCCCACACCGAAAUCACGUAUUGGAGUUGACCCUUUAGGUGAUGGAUUUGACUCUGAACCUGUUGCGUACUCACCUUCCAAUUGUUUCACCUCUAAGAAGAUUCCUCUGAAUGAUUCCUCGACAAUAUCAAAGCUAGAUUUUCCUCCAGAUUCUCAACUGAGAAAUGGGCCACAAGGUUCGCCCUGCACUGCUGGUUUUCAGGGUGAGACACUGUCCCCUGAUUUAUUGGCGCAGGAAAGCUUUAGUAAAGAUGAUGAAAAGGUAAACAUGAAACUAUCCGACUUUUGUGAUAGUUUUGAGCCGGGGGAAGAAAUCUGUCUUAGGAAUGAGGGCUUGGUCUCUAAGGAAAAAGCGGCAGUCGAGGCCUCACAUUCAAAGAAUGAUAAUGAACGUGAGCCUAGGGAGGCAAGAGAUGCAGUCUUUCCACAAAUGGAGAGAGUAACCACCACUGUUUUCCCUAAGCCUGUUGAGGAGACAUUACUGUCUCCAUCGGUGGAUAUCACUGACAAAUCUGGAAGCAUAAAAGAUGAAAGCCGUCCUCUCCAUCAAAAUGGGAGAAAAGAAAAUAUAGAAGAUUUUGGGCCUAAAGGAAGAACGGGUGGUAAACAAAAGGGAGAUUAUGUUGACUCAUCUUGUCAGGCGAUGAUGCUUCAAAGCUAUGUUUUCCAGUUUUUUUGCGUGCAUAAAAGAUUGAAGUACUAG